AUGAAGUUCACCUACAUCAUCGCCAUUGUUGCCCUUGUUGCUGCUGUUGUAUCCGCUGAAGACUCCCAGAGCGUCAAGAGUGUUGGAAGUGACGGACCAGUUACUGGCUUUUUCAACGACUUCUUUGAGGGUGGCAAGGUUUCCGAGAACUCUCGCAAGAAUGCUGUGUCCCAGGACGAAUAA